UCUCUCUCUCUCUCUCUCUCUCUCUCUCUCUGGUUCUUCUCCAUUGCUACGGAUUAGGGUUUCCAUUCAGCUUCUUAGGGUUUGAGAUCUCCUUCUCGGGAUUCUCCUCUUCGAGCAUGGCUCACUGAUUAGGUUUUUGAUCCACUUUUCCAUCAAUCCCGGAUACAGUCUGUCCAGAUCUCCACCGGCGAUCAAGGCUGAAUUUAGGGGUUUGGUUUUCUUUCAUUCUUUGAGUUUUAGAGAGAAGACAGCAAGCUUGUGAAAAUAUCAACCUUUCUCUUGGGAUUGUCGGCGACCGAAGAAGGUGGGUACCAGCUCAACCUCUUCCUUGGAAGCUCCGGCGACUGAAGAAUCAAUUCUUUGCCGGCAACUCAUCGGAGAAAUUAGAAUUAAUUAUUUUUGUCAGGUGUUUUAUUUGGUAUUUUCUCCGUUGGACGCGGCCGAUCUGUCAGCGAGUCCGGCUCUGGAGCUGAGGCGUUACAGAUUAAAAUGAAUCAUGCCUAGGGGUAGACGGCGACCUCGCAGAAGGCCUGCAAGCCCACCCCAAGAGCCCAUGGACUUGGAGCAGGAGGUUCUUGACCAGUCAAAUGCUGAAGAACAACCAGAUCUCGCCACUCUGACAGGCAUCAUGAGAGAGUUGAUGCUAAUGAUGCGUAACCAGAACCAUCAGCAUGCUUCUAGAGGCAGUCGGGACCUACUGACAGAGUUUGGACAGCACGCACCAUCGUUUGAAGGGACCACUGACCUGAUAGUGGUCGAGUAUUGGGUCAAACAGAUAGAGAGGACCUUCCGGGCUAUGCAAAGCCCUGAUGAAGAUAAGGUUAGACUGGCUUCAUACAUGCUCAGAAAUAGUGCAGCCUUGUGGUUUGAGAGAGAACUACGCCUCAAGGGUGAAGAUGCCUUCAAGACCUGGGAACAAUUCAAGGAAGCCUUUUAUGCCAAGUACUUCCCAUUGAGCCGUCGAGCUCAAAUGGAGAGGCAAUUCUUAAAUUUGAAACAGGGAUCGAUGACUGUGGAAGAGUAUGAGGCAGAAUUCGACAGGUUAUCACAAUUUGCUCCGUCCUUGGUAGAAGAUGAAAACAACAAGUCCUAUCGCUUUGUAGAGGGCCUGAAGAAUCACAUCCGGCGAGCUCUUGUACCAUUCCUGAGGCUACCCUAUGUUGAUGUAGUUGGUAUUGCUAAGGAUCUGGAGAUCACAUGGCAAGAGACGCAGGAUUCGGGUAGACGCGAACAGCAGUGGAAUCGGGGUCUGAACCCUUGGAAGAGUCAGUCUUCCGGGAGUAGCUUUGGGCACUCCAAAGGGAAACAUCGGUCACGACCUUACAGCAGGCCCUCGGCUUCAUCAUCUGGUUCUGGCAGUAGGGGCUCAGCUGGCAGUGUUACUCAGGAGAUUCGGAGUCCUACUUGUGGAGGACAUCAUUCUCAAGCAGAGUGCAGACGCGCAGCCCGCACGUGUUUUAGAUGCGGCAGUCAGAAACAUUUUGUAGCCCAGUGUCCACAGAGCCCACCUUGGACUUAGGGAGGUGAGGAGACAAAGAGUGCGGCAAUUGAGCAGCCCUGAUCAUCUGGUGGAUCACGGCAGUUUGGUACUGCAAACCGUUCUCAGCAGAGUGUCUCGAGGGGCAGCCCCGAUCAUCUAGUUUUGGCUACGGAUGGGUGGGCAUACAAAUAGAUCUAUGAUAAGUGUCUGAUGAAGUUAGCACCACCUAUUGCACACCUAAAUAUUCUUCUAGAUGAUUCUAGAUUAAUUUGAGUCAAACUAAGUUUAUAGUUUGAGUAUAACUCUUAGUUUGGAUAAAUUAGUUGAAAAUGGUGAUUAUUAGAUAAGUUAGAGUCAAAUUUUAGUUAAAAUCAAACCUUUAUUGUGUUAGGAUAUAUAUUAGCAUAUGAUUGUAAGCCUAUAAGCUUGUUGCUUUAUUAUUUGUGUGGCAGUGUGUGGUAGAGUGCCAAGUGGUGAGAGGCUUUUAUUGUGUGAUUAAUAUUAUAACUUGUUGCCUCUCCACUUUGUUUCUCACAAAUUCUCAGUAGUGUCAAAGUUCAUGUUUUUAAGGCAGCAGCCUGAAAUUGCAGAAACAAGUUAUUUUUUGUUCUCCUAUUGAAUUGUAACAGCUGAAGUUGCUUUCUGGGCUAUUCCUUCUAUUUGUAUUGACCAACAGUGAAUGCAUUGGAAAUCAAACUAUUACUUGAAACUGAUUAUUUGAUA